AUUCUGUUGGAGUCGCAUAUCGAAAGAUUCUCUAUUCGGAUCUUAGCGGCAAUGGCGGAGUGUAGUGCACGAGGUCGGGGCUUUUCUUCUUUCUCCCAUGCCCGAAAAGAGUUUGCAUCGUGCUCGUGCGCUUCUCUCCUGGGAGCGUCUUCGUACUCGAGACCCAUCUCUACCCAACUGAUGUCUUGUGAACACGGAUCAGUUCAAAUUUGUGCAGUUUCGGAUUCUGCAAAGGGUUUGGCUGAGUCGGGAGAGAGACUAUGAAACGCGGAGACCUGGGCAUAUUCAGCUACUUGUUUACAGCCUUUAAAUCUAAAUCGAGACCGC